AUAAAACACCCGAGGACGGAGGUGGAGGUCUUAUAAAUCUACGCAUUUACUAAUUUUUGCGUCCUUUUUGCAGGACCACGAAAUAAAGAAAAUGACUGACGCUGGCUAUAGGGAGGCAACCAGAUGGAUGGAUUCCUAGAGACAAAAUGUCUGGAAGAGGAAAUUCCUCCAUUGAGACCGGUUCUGGAAAUCUCAUCCCUCAGGCCGUCAGUAUGAAGCUGGAGCCCACCAUCAUGGUGUUUCCUGCAAAUGUUAAGUCGAUCCUGGUAGUUAAAGAAGAAGACUCAGAAGAUGAAAAUCACAGCUCUGAUCUCCAUGACCCAAAACUCUACCACAUAAAGAAAGAAGAUGAGGAUGUCUGCAUCAGUCUGGGGGGAGAGCUGCACAAAGUGAAAGAGGAGUUUGGCAUGAAGAGUGAGGAUGAUAAACAGUCCCCUCUGCCCUCACAGCUUUAUCAAGACCAAAUUAAAGACGAAGAGCUUGCAGACAAAAACAGAGGAGAAUCCAUCAGGAUAGAAGAUCACGGAGAUUGUUCCAACUCCUUAGAGUCUGAAGACACCGAAAGCGAUGAAGAGGAUGAUGAUGUAAAGCACCCUGUCUCUGAAAUGAAAGACUUGUCAGACUCCAGACUGGAAACUAAGGACAUGGACAAUGACUGGAAGGAGAGGAGAACUCCUGAGUCAGACGGAAACCUAGUUAACAAAGAUUCAGAAAUAGUCUCUCCAAGCUCACUGGAUAUUAAAUGUUUUACAAAGAACAAAAAUGUUAACCCACGAAGGAAGGUAACGACAGGAGGGGAGUUUAACUGUGAAGACUGUGGCAAAACCUUUUUUGGAAAAUGGAAUUUAAAUGCACACAUGAGAAUUCACACAGGAGAAAAACCUUUCUGUUGCGAUGUUUGUGGAGACAGAUUUAGCCAUAGUUCACAUUUAAACACACACAUGAGAAUCCAUACAGGAGAAAAACCAUUCUGUUGUGAUGUUUGUGGACACAGAUUUAGACAAAAAUCACUUUUAACCACGCACAUGAGAAUCCACACAGGACAGAAACCGUUCUGUUGUGAUUUCUGUGGACACAGAUUUAGCCAUAAAUCUAGUUUAAUCACACACAUGAGAAUCCACACAGGCCAAAAGCCGUUCUGUUGUGAUCUCUGUGGAAAUAGAUUUAGCCGUAAAACUACCUUAAACAAACACAUGAGAAUCCACACAGGCCAGAAGCCUUUCUGUUGUGAUCUCUGUGGACACAGUUUUAGCUGCAAGUCACAUUUAAGUAGACACAUCAGAAUCCACACUGGACAGAAAAUAACUGCGGUUUGAUGACUCAAACUGCAUAGCUCCAGUUGGUUGUGAAAUAUUUAUUUGUUGGCAUUCAGUUCAGCAGUCUUCACUUUUAAUCUUAAAACAUUUUAUAAGUAACAUUUGUUUAGUUGUGUGAUUGGUAGUUUAUUAGCAAAUGAAUCUGUUGCGUAGAUUGAACGGUAGCACAGGUGCGUUCUGAGUUCAUGUGUGUGUCCACGGUACAAAAAUCAAACUUUGUGUGGUGCCCCCAGAUGUCAAUGCGACCAUUGCUAACAUCACAAUUGAGUAACCCAUCCAGUUUGAGGACUGGUGACCAACUGGUUUUAAAUAAAUCAUGAAGAUGAAAAUGGGCUGAUAGACAAUACAUGUCUAUCCUUGAAUAGGAAAAAAUACUUAAAUUUGUUCAGUAUGAAUGUAAAUACACUCCUAUUUAUGUCUAAAAAGAUCAGCAAAGUAGCUAAAACAUGGAUCGAAAACGCAAGCAAUUGAUAACGAAAUCACUUUAUUUGUUCUGAUGUAAUUUCCAGGGCUCCUUGAUGUUCUGGCUUGUAUUUAAUUGAUCUCAGAAGUUGUUACAGUCAUCAUUUUUAGGAAGACACCCUAAAAGAUACUUUAGGUUCAUGUUGCAUUCAGGUUACUCUUUGUCCAAGUUCCCAGUGCUGUUUCCAAUGCUACAACGACUUCACAAACUCCCUGUAGAGUGGACAUGAAAGAAAACAUUGUUCAUAUUAUGGAAAUAAAACAUCAGAUCAAUUUUAAAAUGCAGUACAUUUUCUUUCUAGGUUUAUAAUAAAAGCAUAUAGCUCUUCUGGUUAUAUGCUUGUGGUUCUAAAAUUGCAUAGAACCACAAGCAUUUAAAAAGACAAAUGUGUGCAAUUCACUCUGUGUGAAAACAGUAGAGCUCAGAAAAAAAUUACAGAACAUCAUCCUGAAGAUCAAUAAAUUCAGCAGGAAGGUCAGGGAGGAAGUUGUAGAAACUUUUAAAACAGGGUUAGGUUCUAAAACAAUAUCUCAAGGUUUGAACAUGUCUCAGAGCUCUGUUCAAUCCAUUAUCUGAACAUGAAGAGAGGCUGUUGAACUCCAGGCCUAUCAAGGUGUGGAGGUUUUCCAAAACUGAAACUGGAAAAGAAGAGCUAUUAUGAUCCUGGUGGCUAGGUUUGGCAUUUAUGUUCCCUUUGCUACACUGAUUAUAUGGCCUGGUCAUACAAAGUGGGGGCUCGUCCGGGAUUUUAGAACAAUUGGCUGCUCUUUGCUUUUGUAGUAUGGUAACAAUUGGGGGCUUGUCGGGGAACAUUGAUCAGAAAAGCAGUCAAGAGAUAAUUGUAACUCUAAAGUAGCUGAUGACACAACAGCUAUUUGUUGGAUAUUCUAUAAAUCUGGCUUUCAGUGAUGUUGUGGGACUCCUGGAAGCUUAGCACACUUGGAAUCAGAACCUGGUAAAAUCUGACUAGGCUUUUAUUUUGUCUUGUUAUGAAAACAGGAACUUAAAGAGUACUUUCUGUUUAAAAUAAAGUAUUGACACUAAA